AUGUUCAGGAUUGUUCAGCUUGCAGGUCCGUUAUUAUCCGCCGGAGCUAUUGUUUCUUUCAACUCGAGCUUGAUUUCAAACGAGUCGUCGAGCCGUCGGUUCUACGAAGAUGAAGCCAACGUCGUUCCGCGUCCAGGAACCGUAGUUGCCGCACCGGCGUCGGAGAUUGAGUCACUCGGAGAAAACAAGAUCAUCGACGGGAUAUCCGUGCGCUCGACAAAGACCACCGAGAAUUUUUUCAAGACCGCGAGGCAGCAUGCCAGUGUGGCAUUGACCGAGUUGAACCAUUGGCUCAAUAAGCAGUACACCAAUUUCAACGACACGGAACGAUUUGUCACGACCACAGUGAGCGAUUUGCACUACAAGAGGGAAGACAUCUUGCCCAAUGGCAUCUAUGUGAUUAUUGCGAUUUUGUCGGGAACCGUUGCCGCGAGAACGCGCGGUGUGAUAUCGAAAGUGUGUUUCCCCACGAUAGCUGGCCUCGCUGCAUUUCGAUACUUUUUGCCAGUGACAUUUGACAAUACGCGUGUGUUUGCUUGGAAGUUGGAACAGAAAAACGUCCCUUCGUUUGCCAAGCAACAAGAAGACGCAUACCACGGUGCUAUUGCUUUGGCUAAAUCGAUUGAAGAAGGCACUGAGCGGAACAUAAAGAGAGUCGAGGACGGAACUCAGUCGUUGAGGAAAUCAAUUGCUGAUAUAACGGGCUUGAAUCUUGACGAGGAGGUGUCGAAAAAGAAGUAG